AUGUGGUCUUGUAUAAUGAAACCGUUGGCGGUUCUCGCCUCAGUAGCCGCCCUGGCGGCGCCCGUAUCGGGUGAGAAGCUGCUCUAUUCCAACUCUCUCAACGCCUGUCAGAAGGAGAACGGUUUCAGUGCCAGUAUGUUCCAGGUCACCCUGACGCCAAACAACGGUUCCGCAAGAGUUGUGGCCGCUGCCACUUCGUCCAUCCAAGGCAAGGUCAUCUUUGACAUUCGACUGUCCGCCUACGGCUACCAGUUCCUCCAGAAGGAGUUUGACCCUUGCACCAACAACCUUCCCGGUCUCUGCCCCAUGGUUUCUGGCAAGAUUCCCUUCAAGUUCAACCUCCCUGUUGGAAAGGAGAAUCUCAAGCAAGUUCCUGGAAUCGCCUACACUGUUCCCGAUCUCGAUGCCACCGUCCGUGUUUACGUCAACAGGAGCGACACUAGAGAGUCUGUCGCUUGUGUGGAAGCCGACUUUUCCAAUGGAAAGACUGUCGAUCUCGUGGGUGUCAAGUGGGCGACUGCCGUCAUUGCUGGAUUGGGACUCGUCGCCUCUGCCAUUGUGUCGGGUGUCGGUCACGCCAACACGGCUGCGCACGUCGCUUCCAAUUCUCUCUCGCUUUUCGGCUAUUUCCAGGCGCAGGCCAUUCUCGGUCUUACCAGCGUUGGACUCCCCCCUAUUGUCUCUUCCUGGACUCAGGACUUCCAGUGGUCUAUGGGCAUUAUCAAGGUCGGAUUUAUGCAGGAUAUUUUCACUUGGUACCAGAGAGCCACUGGCGGUACCCCCGAAUCUAUCCUCUACACCGUUGGCUCGAUUUCCGUCGAAGUUCAGAAGCGAAGCCUGCAACUUGCCUCAAACAGUGUCGACCUUUUCAAGCGUGGCGCGGCAAUGAUGCCCCGAGCCAUUGUCGACCUCGCCAAGCGUGGAAACAUUCAGAACGAUGACGGCACAUAUACCGUCUACGGUAUUCAGCGCGUAGCCUUCAAGGCCAAGAUUGAGUCGACAAACCUGUUUAUGACAGGCCUCACCUUCUUUUGCGCCUUUGUUGUCAUCACGGUCCUAGCCCUCGCCGCCUUCAAGGGCAUCUUGGAGCUCUGCGUUCGCCAGAACUGGAUGUCCAAGGACAAGUUCAUGGACUUCCGCAACGGCUGGCUCACCAUCCUCAAGGGUGUUUUGUUCCGCCUGACCCUUAUUGGUUUCCCCCAGAUGACUAUUCUCUGCCUUUGGGAGUUUACCCAGCGCGACUCGCCGGCCGAAGUUGUCUUGGCCGUCUUCUUCCUCUUUGGCAUGGUCUUCAGUCUCGCCUGGGGUGCCAGCAAGGUUAUCCGCAUCGCCCGCCGCUCCGUCGCCAUGCACCGCAACCCGGCCUAUAUCCUCUUCUCGGAUCCCCAGGCCCUCAACAAGUGGGGUUUCCUCUACGUCCAGUUCCGAGCCUCUGCCUACUACUUCAUCGUUCCUAUUCUGAUCUACACCCUGGUCAAGUCCAUGUUUGUGGCCCUGUCCCAAAAGAACAGCGUCGCUCAGGCUAUUGGCUUCAUUAUCAUUGAAGUUGGUUACCUGAUUGCCGCUUCGGUUCUCCGACCCUGGAUGGACAAGCCCACCAACUCGUUUAACAUUGCCAUUGGUGCCAUCAACUUUAUUAACGCGAUUUUCCUUCUCAUCUUCUCCAACGUCUUUGGCCUGCCCAAGAUCGUCGUUGGUGUUGUGGGCGUCAUUCUCUUCGUCCUCAACGCGGCUUUCGCCCUCAUUCUUCUUCUCAUGCUUAUCGUGUCGACCACCAUUGUCUUCUUCCGAAAGAACCCCGAUGCGCGGUACCAGUUUAUGGCCGACGAUCGUGCUUCUUUCAUGAAGUCCCAGACCCAGCUCAACACCACGACUGAGCUUGAUGCUCUUGCGGCUACCGCUCGAGGCGACAAGACGGGUUACAACAAGCACCUCGACCUUGAUGAGGAGGAUUCUAUGUCUUCGGAGAGCCUUCGGAGGCGAGCUGAGAUGAACAACCAGUCCCAGUCCUCGUUCCACCGAGGUGAUGCUCCUCCCCGAUCCCCGGUGAACCCCUCGAUGCCUCUAUUCCCUGCCGACGGACGGCCUCAGAGCCCCUUCCGCUCUGCUUCCCCUAGCCCUUACCAGCAGUCGGGGUCGCCGCUCGUUCAGCAACGGUCAAACAACAACUCUAGCCCGGGUGGAUACCGAUCACAGAACAACGCUAGCCCAUGGCAGCGAGGUGCCGGCUAUGAUCAUUAA